UUCUUUCAUUCAUUCGCAUCUCCUUCCCUUAUAUUCUUUUUCCAUAAACACUUCCUAUUGGCUCCAGCACCUUUCUUUUUUCUUUAUAUUAAUCUCUAUAUAUAUACACACAUCAACUGCCGAAAUCAACUGCCUUUUCAUUAUUACUUUUUUUUUUUAAUAAGAUCUUAUUAAUAUAAUCUUUUCCUUCUCUAAUCGCUACACCAUACCUUAUCAGGUUAAGCAAUACGUUGGCUUUCUGUGGAUUCUUUAGCUGCUGCCAGCAAAACGUUGGUGGCAGUUAAUAAUUUCAAGUUUAAACUGGAGAAUUUUAUGAGUCGCCAGAGUACACAUAACCCUAGUAGGGCCCUAGAAGGUGUACAUGGAGUGCAUGUGGUGCCUCAUUCGCCAUUUACAUCAGAAGAGAUUAAUCAAGAUCAGAACUUUGCUAAAUCAUCAUGUGGAGGUUCAGCUUUUGGAGUGAAUUACAUGUUAAUGCAACGGGCAUGGCAGCAAAGACCCCCAUGUUUAAGGCCUAUUCAGGGUUGUAUUCAUGGUGAUCAGCAUGUACUGGAAACAGUGGCUAAUGUGCUCACUUCACUUCCUUUUGUAGUGCUUGGAAUUAAUGCUCCGAGGAAAAACUUGAAUUGUAAACUAUAUGCAAAUUCAUUAAUUGGAGUUGGAGUUGCCUCAAGUUUGUAUCAUUCUUCAAGAGGAAGGUUUAGGAAAUAUUUGAGAUGGGCUGACUAUACAAUGAUAGCCACUGCUACAGUGUGUCUGUCAAGAGCUCUUAGAGAAGAAAAUCCAAAAAUGCUGAUGGCGGUUUCUGCAUUUUGCCUUCCUUUCCAGCCUUUGAUGGUUUCAGCUGUUCACACUGGGAUGAUGGAGGUAGCAUUUGCUAAAAGAGCAUUGAAAGAUCCAGAUUUAAGAAUGGCCCAUAAUGUUCAUAAGAUGUCAUCACUACUUGGAGGAGUGCUUUUCAUUGCUGAUGAUGUGUUCCCCACAACCCCAUAUCUCCAUGCUGGCUGGCAUCUUGCGGCAGCUGUUGGUGUUGGAACAUGCAAUAAGCUUCUUAACUAAUUAUUAGUUCAACUGAUCACCAUGUAUUUUGGUAUAAUAUAUAUAUAUAGCUAGGGGUAUAUAUUAGGACAUGUUAGGUUGCUUGCUUCGUACGUACUUUCUCAUUUUUUAUUUAUAGAACAAGUUAAUAUUAUUGCUAUCAUUUAGCCCCUACAAAUUAUUAGAACAGAACAGA